CGGUUUAAGCGGAAGCAUCUUACAGCCGUCGACUGCCAACAUCUGGCUCGCAGUCACUUGGCCGUGACCCAGCCCUUUGGUCAAAGAUGGACAAACAGAGACCCGAACCACGGUCUCUAUCCUAGACCCAGAACCAAAAGAGGGACUAGAGGUCGAGGAUGCCCAGGAUACAACCCUGAAUUCUUCCUCACUGGCCAGCAGCGGUGCACCAAUGACAUGGCCAAAAGCAAUUCUGUGGGCCAGGACAGCUCUAAGGACUCGGAGGACGAGAUGAUUUUUGCUGCAGAAGGCCACUGCGCCCUGCCUCAGGGAGGUGAUGGAGCAGCACGGCCACGCUCGUCAGGGAAGCGGUCUCGGUCCUUCGAGGAUGAGAGGAAUCAAGCCACAGGGACCAGUCAGUGGGAUGGGGUUUCUAGGAAGACCCCACGGCAUCAUCUGUCCCUGUCGUGCACACGGCCCAGGGAAGGCAGGCAGGAAGCAGAGGACAGUGUGUCGUGGUUCUCUGUGCAGCCUGGAGAAUCCAGCCAGGAGGUGGAGGACAUUGGUCCUGAUCCUGUUCCUGACUCUUACUAUGGGCUUCUUGGGACCUUGCCCUGCCAGGAACCCCAGAGCCAUAUCUGCAGCCUGCCCAGCGAGGUCCUGAGGCACAUCUUUGCUUUCCUCCCUAUGGAAGACCUCUACUGGAAUCUGAGCUUGGUGUGCCACUUUUGGAGGGAGAUAAUUAGUGAUCCACUGUUCAUUCCUUGGAAAAAGCUGUAUCACCGAUACCUGAUGAAUGAAGAGCAAGCUGUCAGCAAAGUGGAUGGCAUCCUCUCGAGCUAUGGCAUAGAGAAGGAGUCAGACCUGUGUGUGCUGAACCUCAUCCGCUACACAGCCACCACUAAGUGCUCCCCGAGUGUGGACCCUGGACGGGCGUUGUGGAGUCUGAGGGAUCACCUCCUCCUCCCCGAGGCAGAGGCCUGCGUGCGCCAACACCUCCCCGAUCUCUACGCUGCCCCUGCCGGUGUCAAUGUGUGGGCCUUGGUGGCGGCCAUCAUCCUCCUCUCCAGCAGCGUCAAUGACAUCCAGCAGCUGCUCUUCUGCCUCCGGCGGCCCAGCUCCACAGUGACCAUGCCAGACAUCACCGAGACCCUGUACUGCAUUGCCGUGCUGCUCUACGCCAUGCGGGAGAAAGGGAUCAACAUCAGCAACCGGAUUCACUACAACAUUUUCUAUUGCCUGUAUCUUCAGGAGAAUUCCUGUGCUCAGGCCACAGAAGUCAAAGAGGAACCAUCGGUCUGGCCAGGCAAGAAAACAACCAUCCACCUGACACAUGAACAACAGCUGAUCCUAAGCCAUAAGAUGGAACCUCUCCAGGUGGUAAAAAUUAUGGCAUUUGCAGGCACUGGGAAGACCUCCACCCUGGUCAAGUACGCUGAGAAGUGGUCUGAGAGCAGGUUUCUGUAUGUGACCUUCAACAAGAGCAUCGCCAAGCAGGCUGAGCUCGUCUUCCCCAGCAAUGUUAUCUGCAAGACCUUCCACUCCAUGGCCUACGGACACAUCGGGCGCAAGUACCAAUUGAAGAAGAAGUUGAAUCUCUUCAAGUUAACCCCCUUCAUGGUCAACUCUGUCCUCGCUGAAGGGAAGGGUGGCUUCAUAAGGGCCAAGCUAGUAUGUAAGACUCUGGAAAACUUUUUUGCCUCGGCUGAUGACGAGCUGACGAUCGACCACGUGCCCAUCUGGUGUAAGAACAGCCAGGGACAGAGAGUCAUGGUCGAGCAGAGCGAGAAGCUGAACGGUGUCCUCGAAGCGAGCCGACUUUGGGACAACAUGCGGAAGCUGGGCGAGUGCAAGGAGGAGGCUUACCAUAUGACACAUGAUGGCUACUUGAAACUCUGGCAGCUCAGCAAGCCUCUGCUGGCCUCUUUUGACGCCAUCUUUGUGGACGAGGCCCAGGACUGUACCCCAGCGAUCAUGAACAUAGUUCUGUCUCAGCCAUGUGGGAAAAUCUUCGUGGGGGACCCACACCAACAGAUCUAUACCUUCCGAGGUGCAGUCAACGCUCUGUUCACAGUCCCUCACACGCACGUCUUCUAUCUCACACAGAGUUUUAGAUUUGGUGUGGAAAUUGCCUAUGUGGGAGCUACAAUCUUGGAUGUCUGCAAGCGAGUAAGAAAAAAGACUUUGGUUGGAGGCAACCAUCAGAGUGGCAUUCGAGGUGACACGAAGGGGCAGGUGGCCCUGCUGUCCCGGACCAACGCCAACGUGUUUGAUGAGGCCGUCCGGGUGACAGAAGGAGAAGUGCCUGCCCGGAUCCACCUGAUAGGGGGGAUUAAAUCAUUUGGAUUGGACAGAAUCAUUGAUAUUUGGACGCUUCUUCAGCCGGAGGAAGAACGGAAGAGACGAAACCUCGUCAUUAAAGACAGGUUCAUCAGAAGGUGGGUGCACAGAGAGGGCUUCAGUGGCUUCAAGCGGUAUGUGACUGCGGCCGAGGACAAGGAGCUAGAAGCCAAGAUUGCAGUCGUGGAGAAGUACAACAUCCGGAUUCCAGAGCUGGUGGAAAGGAUAGAGAGAUGCCACAUAGAGGACUUGGACUUUGCAGAGUACAUCUUGGGCACUGUGCACAAGGCCAAAGGCCUGGAGUUUGACACUGUGCAUGUCCUAGAUGAUUUUGUGAAAGUGCCUUGUGCUAGGCACAACCUCGCUCAGCUGCCCCACUUCAGAGUCGAGUCGUUUUCUGAGGAUGAGUGGAAUUUACUGUAUGUAGCAGUAACUCGCGCCAGGAAGCGUCUCAUCAUCACCAGGUCACUGGAGAACAUCUUGACUUUGGCUGGGGAGUAUUUCUUGCAAGCAGAGCUGACAAGUAAUGUUUUGAAGACAGGCGUGGUCCGCUGCUGCGUGGGGCAGUGCAGCAACGCCAUCCCCAUGGACACCGUGCUCACCAUGCGGAAGCUGCCCAUCACCUAUAGCAACAGGAAGGAAAACAAGGGUGGGUACCUGUGCCACUCAUGUGCGGAGCAGCGCAUUGGGCCGCUGGCCUUCCUGACUGCCUCCCCCGAGCAGGUGCGCGCCAUGGACCGCACCGUGGAGAACAUCGUGCUGCCCCGGCAUGAGGCCCUGCUCUUCCUCGUCUUCUGA